AUGUUCAUUAUCUAUCUCUCUCUGUAUAUGUAUUCGUAUCUAUCUACAUAUAUCUAUGUCUCUCUCUGUCUCUCUCUCUCUAUAUAUAUAUCUAUCUGUAUAUAUCUAUCAAAAUAUGUUCAUUAUCUAUCUAUCUAUCUAUCUAUCUAUCUAUCUCAAUGCGUUCAUAUCUAUCACUAUAUGUUCAUUAUCUAUCUCAGUCCGUUCAUAUCUAUCUAUCUAUCUAUCUAUCUCAAUGCGUUCAUAUCUAUCACUAUAUGUUCAUUAUCUAUCUCAGUCUGUUCAUAUCUAUCUAUCUAUCUAUCUAUCUAUCUAUCUAUCUAUCUCAAUGCGUUCAUAUCUAUCACUAUAUGUUCAUUAUCUAUCUCAGUCCGUUCAUAUCUAUCUAUCUAUCUAUCUAUCUAUCUAUCUAUCUAUCUAUCUAUCUAUCUUAUUUACCUGAACUCUACCUAUAUCUACCUUUCGACAAUUUUCUUUUAUCCUAAUCUUUAUUCUGUCUCUCCACAUAUAUCCAUCCUACCGUUAUUAUCGUUGCCCCACCCCCGUGCCGCCCCACUCGCCCUCUAG